AUGUUUGGGAUUCCGAAAUUCUUUGGCUGGAGAGGUAGAUCACUCAAUCUAGCUAUAAGCUCCCUUGGCAGUCUUGAUUUCCUACUUUUCGGAUAUGACCAAGGUGUAACCGGUGGACUGUUGGAUCUGCCAUCUUUCAUUAAAUACUUCCCAGACAUCGAUCCCAAAGAUCCACUCAUCGAUGGAGACCCUGCUCUUCAAUCACAAAGGAGCUUAAACCAAGGGAUUGCAGUUGCAUCCUAUAACUUGGGCUGUUUCUUUGGUGCUAUCUUGACUAUCUUCAUCGGAAAUCCGCUAGGCCGACGGAGAACGAUUUUCUGCGGAUGUAUCACCAUGACCAUUGGCGCACUGCUACAAUGUACUUCAUACAGUCUCCCACAUCUCAUUGUGGGACGAAUCAUUACAGGCGUCGGCAAUGGAAUGAACACAAGUACUGUACCGACUUGGCAAUCGGAAUCAUCGAAGGCCCACGAUCGCGGAAAGAUGGUCAUGAUAGAGGGAAUGCUUAUUACAGCUGGAAUCACUCUGAGCUACUGGGUUAACUACGGAAUGUCAUUCAUCGGUGAAAAGGAAGUGGCCUGGCGAUUCCCAAUAGCAUUUCAGAUUGUGUUUGCCGUUGUGAUUUUCACGUCAAUUCUCCAUCUGCCCGAGUCUCCUCGAUGGCUCGUUAUGCAAGGUCGAGAUGAUGAUGCUUUGGAAAUUCUCGAAUGCCUCAACGAAAAGCCCAGAGACGACCCCAGCAUCGUGAAUGAGCUUCGGUCUAUCAAGGAAACGGUCAAAGAGAUGAACAAAGGCUCAUAUCGGAGUUUGUUCAAGAUGAGCGAGUACAGAGAGUUUCACCGAGUGGCUUUGGCCUACAUCAACCAGAUGUUCCAGCAGAUCUCUGGAAUCAAUCUGAUCACCUACUACGCUCCCUCACUAUAUGCAGACAUCGGACUCGGGCAAGGCAAUCUCCCAAAGUUGCUGGCUGCAUGUAACGGCACAGAAUACUUGAUGGCUGCAUUCAUCCCUAUCUUCAUUAUUGAGAAGGUUGGCCGGCGCCCAUUGAUGUUGUUUGGAGCCGCUGGAAUGUCUCUGUCUAUGGCUGUACUUGCGGGUACAAACUAUCGUUUGGUGUACCUGGGCGAUAAACAAGCAGGUAUUGGACAAGCAGUAUUCCUAUUUGUCUUCAAUACAUUCUUCGCCAUUGGCUGGUUGGGUAUGACAUGGCUUUACCCAGCAGAAAUUGUGCCACUGCGAAUCCGUGCCCCAACGAAUGCAUUGGCUACCAGUGCCAAUUGGAUCUUCAACUUCAUGGUUGUGAUGAUUACGCCAGUCGCAUUCGCAAACAUUGGAUAUAAGACCUAUAUUAUCUUCGCCGUCAUAAAUGCGUUCAUUUUCCCUUUUGUGUACUUUUUCUUCCCCGAAACUCGCUAUCGCUCCUUGGAAGAAAUGGAUGCUAUCUUCAAGAAGUCUACGAAUGUCUUCAACGCUGUUACUAUUUCUAUCAAGGAGCCAUUCCGCUACGAUAAGCAUGGCGAGCUGAAGCCAGAGUACCUUGAAGAAGCGACUCAUCACGAGAGCUCCGAUGUGCAUGUUGCGGGCGCCAAAUUUGACAGUGAUGAGAGUGGCACUGAAAUCAAGGCUUGA